AUGGCGAGUAUCGAAGACGACUGGCGACAAGCUAAAGACGCGACGGAGAGAAAAAGAGUACAAAAUCGGGUGGCUCAGAGGACCUAUCGAAAGCGUAUGAAGCGGAGAGUGGAGGAAUUAGAAGAGGAGAUUGACCGAUAUAGAUCCUGCCAGCAUCCAGCAAGACAGUGUCUUGGCAACGGCCAAAACUCCAUGUCAGACGCUGCCGCAAGAGGCCAAAAUCGUGAGAGCGUCGGCGAAGAUGCCGCUCCUCCGCAUAUGUCACGUCCACUCUUGCCUGGAGAGAUGGGCCGCCGAAGCUCGCUAGACUUCUUGCCCCACGACUUGAUCAAUGUGGAAGAAGCAUUGCUGCAUGUAGACCAAGCCACUUGGAGACAAUCCGGAGCGCUCCCACUACCUAGCUUUGCCCCUCUCGCAAAGCCACAAACUCCAGACUGUACAUCGGUAUGGUCCUUGCGAGGACGUGCCGACCAGCAGCCUCAGGGGCCCAUUGACGAGAGUAUGCACUUUCAUGAUACCCCGGGAUCGCAAGACAGGUGGAUGUCUGCGGCUCCCACGAGAAGGGACCCUCAGAUCGACUUUACAGGCGACCCAAUGGGCGUAGGAGGCGCUCGCUACACCGCCGCGGUCYCUCCCACCCCUAGCACUACUCUUGUAUCGAAUGGGAGCUCUGAAGCUGACGGCUGGAGCAACAAACCCCUUGAGGAUCGCUUCGACCUUGUUCAUCGCUGCCUACAGAGUGCUGGUUUUGAUAGCUUUGAUGCUUUGUUCUCCCAGUUCUACACCUCCCAUUUCAGUUGCGGAUCUGCCAUGUCCACCGCACAGCGGGUCAGCCGGCAAACCCACCUCCCAGUUCUAUUGGCCAACUUGCGAGAGAGGUCUAAAUCGUGGACAGCGUGGGAAGCACAUGGAUACGAAUACGAAGUGCUCAAGUCUGCCGAGAGCAUAGUCAACUCCGAAUGUAAACAGCGAGUUGAUGUGUCCAGCAGCGAGGUCAACCUAGAGAAUAAUGGCGACGUGAAUCGGAAGAUGUUGGAACAGAUGGUCGAAUCCAUGCAACGCAAAUUUCCGAAACUUUGGACCCUCAUCGAGGCCUUUGCUGGAUCUAGAGAUGGACUUGGUACCAGAUCACGGCCUUAUGAUCUGCUUGCCAUGAUGAUAAUACUGAACCCUCCUCAUGCAGCUACAACCGCACAGAUAUCAUCUUGGGUAGCCGCUUGCCUUGAAGCCGCUGUGUGRGCUAUCCGAGGUGGGAUUGGAAGUCUUUAG